AUGUGUUUUAGCUAUUAUCUCGGUUUACGUCAAAAGUCCGAGGAGUUCAAAGCAUCAUGUUUACCACCUUUUCAAGUUACUUCCGAAGGAAUCUCUUUCCAUGAUGACUGGCCUUACGCAAUCCAUCUUCUGGGUCACUUGUAUGUUGACGAUUGUGAUAGUGCACGUUUCCUCUGGAAAACGAUACCUUCAAGUGUGAAGGAGAGCAAGCCUGAAGUUGUUGCUGCUUGGAGGAUUGGUCAGAAGCUGUUGACACGCGACUAUGCAGGUGUAUAUGAAGCUAUUCGGGGUUAUGAUUGGAGUCAGGAAACUAAAGAUAUGGUUGCUGCAUUCUCAGAUGUUUACAGAAAAAGGAUGUUUCAGCUUUUGAUGUCUGCCUACUCCACAAUUACCAUCCGUGAUUUAGCUCUUUUCCUUGGGAUGACAGAAGAUGAUGCCACAACUUAUGUUGUGAAGAAUGGCUGGAUAGUGGACACAGCAUCUCAAAUGGUGACUGUGAAGAAGCAAGCUGUUAAAAGAGGGCAAAAGGUUGAUUCAUCGAAGCUUCAGCGCUUGGCGGAGGAUGUGUUCCACCUUGAACACUAAAAACUAAGACCACUCUCGUAUCAAUGGGGGUUUCUGAUAGUGGAAAACUGGAAGACCAAACAAAAUUUGUUUUUCGGAAGUUGAAGUUGUAAUUGACAACAUGUCUAUUAUCUCGAGUCUCAGUACUGAUAUGAAGCAGGUUUCUGGUAUUAAGUUUGUCUUCCGCAUGCUGAUUGUAGAUAAAUCUUCAAAUGCACAAUCGAAUAUUGGAAAUCUGUAAAUAAUAAACAAUUACAUGGUGGUUGAGUGUUGACUGACAA